GGCAGGCUGAGGCCCAGGCCUGAGAGGAUUAGGGGCGGGUCUGCGUCACCGCCUCCGGAGGCCUUUUCCUGUGGGGGGAAGCGCUGCCAAUGAGGGCUGGGCCUGUCACGUGGGCCUGACAGCUGGGGAGGGGGUGGCCGGUGACAAUGUGGUCCUGAGGCCACCAACAUCAGGAGCUGCAGCGCUGAGACCCCCGGCCCGCCGCCCUCGGGCCCUUCGGGGCUGCUGGGCACGGCCCCACCAUGUUCUCCAGGAAGAAGCGAGAGCUCAUGAAAACCCCAUCCAUCUCAAAAAAGAACCGGGCGGGAAGCCCCUGCCCACAGCCCUCGGGGGAGCUAACCAGGAGAGAUGGGGCUGAUACAGUGUCCCUGGGACCCAGCUUGGAACCACCAAGUGUGGCCUCAAAUGCCAAGGCCACAGGCACACUCAAGAGGCCCACCAGCCUGAGCCGCCACGCCAGUGCGGCUGGCUUCCCAUUGUCCGGAGCCAGCACCUGGACGCUUGGCCGUGGCCACCGCAGCCCACUGACCACGGCCAGUCCAGCCGAGGUACCCAACCAGGGACCCUGCCCCGACACCGUGGAGGACAUCUCCCAUCUGCUGGCUGACGUGGCCCGCUUUGCCGAGGGCCUUGAGAAGCUGAAGGAGUGUGUUCUGCAUGACGACCUCCUUGAGGCCCGCCGGCCACUGGCCCAUGAGCGCCUGGGUGAGGCCCUCCGUGUGAUGCGCCAGGUCAUCUCUAAGUACCCACUGCUGAACACUCUGGAGACGCUCACGGCUGCUGGCACUCUCAUUGCCAAGAUCAAAGCCUUCCAUUACGAGUCCAACAAUGAGUCUGACAAGCAGGAGUUUGAGAAGGCUUUGGAGACCAUUGCCGUCUCCUUCAGUAGCACAGUGUCCGAAUUCCUCAUGGGUGAAGUGGACAGCAGCAUUCUCCUGUCAGUGCCCCCCGGGGACCCGGGCCAGUCCAUGGAGAACCUGUACGGACAGGGGAGUGAGGGUGCUCCCACCAGCACUGAGGACUGUGAUGUGGGCUGCCUGCCCCCGGAGGAGGUGGACAUGCUGCUGCAGCGCUGCGAGGGUGGCGUGGACGCAGCCCUACAGUACGCCAAGAACAUGGCCAAGUACAUGAAGGACCUCAUUGGCUACCUGGAGAAGCGGACAGCCCUGGAGAUGGACUUCGCCAAAGGCCUGCAGAAGAUUGUCCACAACAGCAGACAGAGCGUCACCCAGGAGCCCCACAUGCCGCUCCUGUCCAUCUACUUGCUGGCCCUGGAGCAGGACCUGGAGUUUGGUCAUGGCAUGGUGCAGGCAGUGGGCACACUGCAGACCCAGACCUUCAUGCAGCCCCUGAACCUGCGGAGGCUUGAGCAUGAGAAGCGCAGAAAGGAGAUCAAGGAGUCCUGGCACCGUGCCCAGAGGAAGCUGCAAGAGGCCGAGUCAAAUCUGCGUAAGGCCAAGCAGGGCUAUGUUCAGCGCUGCGAGGACCACGACAAAGCCCGUUUCCUGGUGGCCAAGGCGGAGGAAGAGCAGGCUGGCACUGGACCCGGGGCGGGGGGUGCAGCCUCCAAGACCCUGGACAAGCGGCGGCGCCUGGAGGAGGAGGCCAAGAACAAGGCAGAGGAAGCCAUGGCCACGUACCGCACGUGUGUGGCGGAUGCUAAGACACAGAAGCAGGAGCUGGAGGACACCAAGGUGACGGCACUCCGGCAGAUCCAGGAGGUCAUCCGGCAGAGCGAUCAGACCAUCAAGUCGGUGCGCGCUUGGGCCCCACGCACUCCCAUGGCAGGAUGGGUGGGGAAGCUGCCUUCCAGCCUCAGACCGCUCAGUACUCAUGUGCCCACCCACCCGCAGGCCACCAUCUCCUACUACCAGAUGAUGCACAUGCAGACGGCCCCGCUGCCCGUGCACUUCCAGAUGCUGUGUGAGAGCAGCAAGCUGUAUGACCCAGGACAGCAGUACGCCUCCCACGUGCGCCAGCUGCAGCGUGGUGAGGAGCCCGAUGUGCACUAUGACUUCGAGCCCCACGUCUCCACCAAUGCCUGGUCCCCGGUCAUGCGUGCUCGGAAGGGUAGCUUCAACGUUGGCGACAAUGCAGGGGCGGAGGCUGCAGGCACCCCCCCGGAGGAAGGUGGGCCCAGUGAUGGGGCUCUUGCCAAGGACCGCAGGGGUGGGCGAGGACACCAGGUGCACAAGUCGUGGCCGAUCUCCAUCUCGGACUCCGAGGCCAGUCUGGACCCCAGCCCUGGCUCAGGCGACUUUAAGAAGUUUGAACGGAUGUCUUCCAGUGGCACCAUGUCAUCCAGCGAGGAGCUGGCCGACCAGGAGGGCAGUGCAGGGGCAUCAGCCUUUGACCAGACUGACCUCAAUGGCAUGGCCCCAGAGCUGCCUGUGGCGGUGCCCAGUGGGCCCUUCCGCCACGUGGGGCUGUCCAAGGCAGCUCGUACCCACCGGCUCCGGAAGCUCCGCACGCCCGCCAAGUGCCGGGAGUGCAACAGCUAUGUCUACUUCCAGGGUGCUGAGUGUGAGGAGUGCUGCCUGGCCUGCCACAAGAAGUGCCUGGAGACCCUGGCCAUCCAGUGUGGCCACAAGAAGCUGCAGGGGCGCCUGCAGCUCUUUGGCCAGGACUUCAGCCAGGCCGCUCGAAGCACCCCCGACGGCGUGCCCUUCAUUGUUAAGAAGUGCAUCUUUGAGAUUGAGCAGCGGGCACUGCGCACCAAGGGUAUCUACCGGGUCAAUGGGGUGAAGACACGUGUGGAGAAGCUGUGCCAGGCCUUUGAGAAUGGAAAGGAGCUGGUGGAGCUGUCGCAGGCCUCACCCCACGACAUCAGCAAUGUCCUCAAACUCUACCUGCGCCAGCUGCCCGAGCCACUCAUCUCCUUCCGCCUCUACCAUGAGCUUGUGGGGCUGGCCAAGGACAGUCUCAAGGCAGAGGCUGAGGCCAAGGCAGCAUCCCGGGGCCGAGUGGACGUCACUGAGAGAGAGGCUUCAGCAGUGGCCAUGGCAGGCCGGCUGCGGGAGCUCCUACAGGACCUGCCGCUGGAGAACCGGGCCACACUGCAGUACUUGGUGCGGCACCUGCGCAGGAUUGUGGAGGUGGAGCAGGACAACAAGAUGACACCAGGGAACCUGGGCAUCGUGUUUGGGCCCACGCUGCUGCGGCCCCGGCCCACUGAGGCCACAGUGUCUCUCUCCUCCCUGGUGGACUACCCCCACCAGGCCUGCAUCGUGGAGACCCUCAUCACCCACUACAGCCUGGUCUUUGAGGAGGAGCCCGAGGAAGUGCCUGGUGGCCAGGAGGGGACGUCCAGCCAGCAAGCUGAGGUGGUGGUCCAGGUGCCGUACCUGGAGGCGAGCGGGGGUGCGGCCUUCCCCCUGCAAGAGGAGGCUGAGGACGGGCCCCUCGAACCGCACAUCGCCUCCAAUGACUCUGACUCAGAGCUGGAGGAGGCCCCGGAGCUGCCCUCCCCGGCAGGCGGGGGUGCCCUGCACCGCCUCAGCUUCCUGGAGAAGCAGGGCAGUGAGGCCAGCGCUGAGAGCAGCCGGGACAGCCGAAGUGGCAGUGAGGAGCAGCUGGGCGCUGUGACUGGGGAGGAUGGCGACGGGCUCUGGGAGAGCCUUGGGGAGGACCCAGCACAGCGGCUCUCCGAGUACAAUACCAACCAGUGCAACAACGUGGCCCCGGUACGGCUGCCGGCCAUGAGGCUCCGCGCCGGGCGGCUCCCCACAGGCAGCGGCUGGGAGAGGCAGCCAGAGUUUGUCUAGCUAGGCCGGCUCCUGGCCCUGCGGAUGUCCAGUCACUGAGAGGUUGCUCCCAUGGCCCACAGCGGUGAGAGCACUGCUGGCCAACUUUUCCAGAAGCUUCUGCCCAUGCUGCUCUGCACACCUACCAGGCCCAGCUCCAUGGAGCUGGGGUGGGGGCUGUGAUGGAAGGACCCUGCUGAUGCUGGGUGGAGGGCUGUAGGCUUUUGUGGGUGGCGGGCCGGCGGUCUGGGGAUGCCCUGCACACCCUGCCCACCUGGGGUUUGGCCCCCUGGCGUGUGGGCACACAGUGAGGUACCACAAUGCACUUCUUUGAGGGAUGAGUGCUGAUGGGGUGGGGUGGGGGGGCUUCUUUUCUAAGGUGGUGUAGAUGUUCCAAACUGUGGUGGUGGGUACACAUGUGCAUGUACUAGAAGUGUGGAACUGUCAAUGAUGACUCACAGGCACGUGAAUUCUGUUUCAGGGGAGCUAUCGAAUAAAAAUGUAGGUAUCUGUGCUUA